AUGUCAAACAUUCAAUUGCCAUCCGAAGAAGAACAAUCUACGGCCUCGCCAAUUGAGGAGAGACCAAUGGCUGUGCCAAGAAAAAGAAUGGCCAAAGAAAACCAUGAGGGUAGCUCUUCUGCCAAGAAAGGCAAAUCGUAUGCCUCAAACCCAUACAUUGAUGACGAGGCCUCGUGUCAAAAUGACACUGAAGAAUCCAAUACAAUCAGUGUCGUCGAACCAGUAGAGGUUCCUACCACCCCUUCCAAGGAGGCGGAUGCUAUCAUUACCCCAACUGUCGCAAUUCGACAAAACAUAGUCUUAAAAAUGCCUACUAUGACAGCCACCACCGAGCAAAAAGACAUUGAUAACUUUCUGAAAGAUAUCUUCUUUUAUUUCAAUGCUGGUCAGACUUACGAUGUCUUGGGAAAGUGCAUCCAAUACGUCGGAUGUUAUCACUUUUUUUGUUUCUUGGCAGAAUCGAAAUUACAAGGCCAAGGAACACAUAAAAAACAUAUGCAAGCAAUCAAAGACGGUCAAUCCAUUAAAUACCAGACCACACUUUUAAAAGCUGCCGGUAAAAGACACAAUGUGUUACUUAAGGACUUUAAGUACGGCGCUCUUGCCAUUGUAAUUCCUAACUCCGUUGCAGCCUUUGAGCGAUGGAGCUGGGAAAAAUUCCCAAACAUUCAUUAG